GUUUGGUUGUUUGUGGUAGCGAUGGCAAAAAUGAUCUUUCUGUGCUCUACAUCAGAUCCUCGUCAGAUCUUAGGUGUUAUUUUCCUGCUUGCCUGUUUUCUCCUGCCUGGUGUGCGAUGUCAAAAUCUUCGGUGUUUUUACUGUCCUCAGACCCCUUUCAACAAGACCUGUAAGACCGUCCUAUCGGAGUGCGCACCACAGGACCUGUGCUUCUCUGCUAAUGGCCGCUUUGGACGUACCCCUGUUCUGUUCACCAAGGGUUGCAUGGCCAAGAGCGACUGUGUUCGGUCCAACAGUUAUGUGAUUCGGGGGAACAAUGUCACCUUCACGUACUCGUGCUGCAGCUAUGACUACUGUAACUCAAGUCAGUGCAUCUCAAACAGCCACGUGCUCAUCGUAACUGCAAUUAUUGUGAGUGUUUUUGUGACUGGUUGAGUGGUCUGCGUGCCGAUUGAAGAAGCAAGGACAGACACCCUUGUUUUUGGAUGCAAGACGCAAGCAAAAUUGAUUAUUUGAAGUCAUCUGCUACUCCGUUGAACUUUUAAAAAAGUUUUUGCAAUGUAUAGACUGACUUUUAACUGAUUUUUAACAGAUUUUGAUGUUUGUCCUGUAUGCUGUGAUAGGAAUAAUAAAUAAUGGCCUUGAUUUAA